AGCAGCUCCCGGCAGCAAAUUGAGGUCAUCCGUCUGCUCCUCAAAAGCCGGGUUGAAAGUUGACGUCGCCGCAUCAAGACCGUCGCUUCAACUGUGCCAUUGCACCGCAAUUGGACGUCUCCCAACAUGCGCAGGACUUGCCCGGCAUAGACUCUAUAUCCCACCAUGCGGUCGCAUUUGACGCGCAAUGUGUACCUCCGACUGCUGGCCAGCCAUGGCUUGCUACGCCAGUGCCCCUCCGCCCUCCCAGGCCGCUGUUUUGCCGUCUCAUCCCGCGCCGCCCCCUCUCCGCUGCUAGCCCGCCGCCAGCCCCGCAGGACCUUCUUCGGCAUCUUCCAGAAGCCACCGCGGAUGCUGAAGGAACCCGAGCUAGAACCCGGUUACGAUGUGCUACUACACUACAGGAGUUUGGAGUCGGAGAAUGCACGUCCACCGGCACGGGAGGACCUACUGAAGGGCUGGAGACAGUUCAUCCAAUACAAGAGGAAGAGCCAUCUCAGAUCGCUGAACCCAACACAGGCCUUCCUCGCCCUACGGCUACUUCACCAUCUGGUGACGACGAGCCCCGAGACGGAGGGCCAGGGCGAGGAUCUCAGCUUCACAGACCUCCGGGCUGCCUUGUGGGUCACGGCAACGAAGCCGCCAAAAGGCACCACCGAGCACCACCUCGAACUCGCGACGCUGCUAUAUGGGGAAAUCGAGCGGAGGAUACAGAACAUGCGGGAGCUUGGCAUUGACGAGGAGGUGAUCAAGGAGGCAGUCGGAGGAAAGGACGGUGGCGACUUUGAACUAUUCCUCAUGGCACUCACACAAUACGGCGGCGCGCUGGAGGCCGUGGGACACUUGGCCGAGUUUAGGACCAGGCUGGCGGCGAAGGGAGACAAGUCGGUCGCCCGGGUGCGAGUCCUGUGGACCCUUGUGUUGCGCGGUCUCGCCAAGGAGGGUCGGGAGGCCGAGCUGCUGGCCGAAUGGGGGAAGGCUGAGGAGGCCAAGGUCGAAUACAUGCCGCCAGUCCACGAGAUUAUGACGACCUUCUACGCGACGCGGGACAGGGUUGCCGAGACAAAACAGUGGUUUGAGAAGCCCGUCCACGCCAACUGGCUACGGAGUCCAAAAGUAUAUAUGGAGGUGGUGCGGUUUGCGCUCCGAAACGGAGAGCAGGAAUGGCUGCAGCCCAUCUUUGAAGAGUUGAUAAACUGCAACCCCCAGAAGGAAUGGUGGGACGUCAUCUUCCAGUGGGCCGUGCUGGUCAUGGACAAGGGCGCCGAGGACAUCAAGCAGAUGAUGCAGGUCAUGAUGGCACAGGCCGGGGGCAAGGAGGGAACGGAGGGCGUAAGACCGGACGCGGCCACGAUCGAUGCCCUCAUCACGGCAGCCAUUGAAAAACAAAAUCCGUACCUCGCCGAGCGGUUCCUCUCCCUCGGUUCCGAGCUCAAGAUCCGCCCCCGAGCAUCCACCUACAUCCUCCAGAUGGACUACCGGCUCGACGCCAAAGACUUCAGCGGCGUACAAGUCAUCUACGACAAGCUCCUCAAGGGCGAAGUCACCGUCCGCCAGGACGAAGACCUCCCCGUCCUCAACAAAUACCUCCGCGCCCUCUGCGCCAUGCCCGAACCCGACCUCGGCCGCAUCCUCGACAUCACGGCGGACCUCGAACAGCGCCACGCAACGCUGGAACCCGAAACGGUCGUCUCCCUCUGCAUGAUCUUUUUGCACAACGACAACCAGUACGACGUGAUCGACACCCUCUCCCUGCACACCAUCUCCUACAGCCUCGAAGAGCGCGCCCAAGUCCGCCGCGCCUUCGUCGAGUACUGCCUCGACCGGCGCGUCAGCACGGCGCGCGUGUGGGACUGCUACUCGCUCCUGCGGCAAUUCUUCCCCGAAACCGAGCCCGACGAGCGCGUCCGCCUCAUGGACGCCUUCUUCGCGCGCAACCGGCCCGACAUGGCCUGCUACAUCUUCGGCCACAUGCGGUCGCAGGACAGCCUAGCCCAACGCCCCACGGCCGACAUGUACGUGCGCUGCCUGGAAGGUCUCGGCCGGCACCCGGAGCCGGGGCCCGGCGGCGACGGCGAGGGCGAGUCCCUGCGCAUGGUCCACAACAUGCUCAAAAUGGACACCACGGUGCAGAUGGACACGCGCCUGUACAACGCCCUCAUGAUCGCCUACGCCGCCUGCGGCGAGCCCGACGUCGCCGUCGAGUUCUGGCGCGACAUCACCGACUCGGCCGAGGGUCCCUCGUACGCCAGCCUGGCUAUCAUGUUUUGGGCGUGUGAGUUGCUGCCCUUUGGCGACCGCACCGCGAGGGGCGUCUGGCAGAAGAUUCAGCGCAUGGAUCUCGAGGUGCCGCCGGAUGUGUUUUGGGCUUAUUGUGGUGCUAUUGCGGGGAGUGGGCACCUCGAGGAGGUGAUUCGGUUGAUAAGGGGGAUGGAUGCCAGUGUGGGGUAUGGGCCGGGGAUGAUGACACUCGGCGUUACGUAUAAUGCCCUGCCAGGCUCGGACAGAAAGGAGCAGUUCGAAGCCUGGGCGACGGCUGAGUACCCGGAAAUUUGGGCGCAGCUGGAAAAGAAGGGGCGAACCGAGACGCUCAGGGGCACCAAGUUCAACAUUGUCAGGGAUAUGAAAGCAUAAGCAGUCUGUCUGUACUGUGUAAGUCGGUGGUGGUGUGCCAGUGGCGUUGGUGGUGGGUCGAUGUUCAGUAUCGAUCCGGCUGUAAAAUUUGUACAAUGUAUAAGAACGUCUAUACAUAAAAUGGCGCCGUGCCGUGCCAUGGAUGGGCUCUGGCCAUGCCCACAGUUU